GGGCGGGACGGGAUGCUGAGAGCCAUUAGCAGGGCUGCCGGCGGAGCCACGACGCUCACGCGGACUGGAGAGGUCGGCUAGGAUCAAACCCUCGGGCGUGCAAGGCCACCUCUCCCAUAGGAACGGGGGCGCUCUGCUGCCCUGAUUUGCUCAGACACAGGAAAUGAAAUCAAGCGGCUUUGAUCAUGGUGACCCACCCGGCCACCAGCUCAUGAAUAUUCAGCAGCCUGCUUCCGUCUUGCGACUCCGCUCCAGCCCCGCCCUGUUAGCGGACUGCGCUUGCGCUGCGGGCGCGCGGCUCUGUUGUCAUACGUGCGCGCCGCCGCCCAACCGCCGGUCUCCGAGCGGUAGGGAAGCUGUGAUGGCGAGUUCGGCUGCCUCCUCGGUACGACCGCCGAGGCCCAAGAAAGAGCCACAAGCUCUCGUCAUCCCCAAGAAUGCGGCAGAGGAGCAGAAGCUCAAGCUGGAGCGGCUCAUGAAGAACCCGGACAAAGCAGUUCCGAUUCCAGAAAAAAUGAGCGAGUGGGCACCUCGGCCUCCCCCAGAAUUUGUUCGAGAUGUAAUGGGUUCAAGCGCUGGGGCUGGCAGUGGAGAGUUCCAUGUGUAUAGGCAUCUGCGCCGGAGAGAGUACCAGCGACAGGACUACAUGGAUGCCAUGGCCGAGAAGCAAAAAUUGGAUGCAGAGUUUCAGAAGAGACUGGAGAGGAAUAAAAUCGCUGCAGAGGAGCAGACGGCAAAGCGGCGGAAAAAGCGCCAGAAGUUAAAAGAGAAGAAAUUAUUGGCAAAGAAGAUGAAACUUGAACAGAAGAAACAAAAAGAAGGAUCCAGUCAGUCCCAGGAGCAGCCAUCCAGUAGCUCUGAGGAAGCAUCUGGAACAGAGGAAGAGGAGGAAGAGCAGCCCAGCUUCAUCAUGGGGCGAUGACAGUGUUUGCUGUAGUGGCUGUCUGGAGCCUGGCCCAUUCUGUGAUCAGGGCCCAGAAAACCCUCCACACAACCCAAGGGAAAAGGAGGCUCUGUUUCAACUCGGGUCCCCUCCCAUUGCCUUGCUGGAGAGAAGCAAGUGGGAACCCAUCCUGACUACUGACAGCCCCGCCUGUUGGCAGGCCUCCAGGCCUGUGGGACAGAGAGGACUGUGUCCUGGACCCUUGGGGCACUGCCGAGCAGAGUGAAUGAACUCCCGCUGAUGGGGAACAUGUAUAACCUUCCGCCCCUGGUGCCUGUUCUCCUGUUUGGACAGUGAUGAGUUUGGACUGGUUUCUGUGAAAGAAAUGUUUGUUUAGUAAAGAACAGAAACACUUUA